CCGCAGCACAACAGCUUCCCCGAGCCCAACAUGGCGCUGGCCGCCGCGGCGCCCUGAGCCCAGCCCCGGCCUCGCCGCCCCGCGCGGACCUUCCCGCCCCACCCGCCGGGGCCAUGGGCAGAGCGGGCGGCAGCCGCCGGCCAGGCCGCGCCUAGAGCCCGCCGCGCGGGCAUGGGAGAGCGGCGCCAGGCGCCCCGCAGCGACCCCGCCAGGCCCCGCCGCAGGCAGCCCCUCCCGGCCGGAGCCGCAGCCAGAGCCAGCCGCGGGCGGCGCCCGGCCGCCAUGGCCCACUCGCCGGUGGCCGUGCAGGUGCCCGGCAUGCAGAACUAUAGAGCAGACCCAGAAGAACUGUUCACAAAAUUAGAACGCAUUGGAAAAGGCUCAUUUGGUGAAGUCUUUAAAGGAAUUGAUAAUCGAACGCAGCAAGUGGUUGCUAUAAAAAUCAUAGACCUUGAAGAAGCAGAAGAUGAAAUAGAGGACAUACAGCAAGAGAUAACUGUCUUAAGUCAGUGUGAUAGUCCUUAUGUAACAAAAUACUAUGGAUCAUAUUUAAAGGGCACAAAGUUAUGGAUAAUAAUGGAAUACUUGGGUGGAGGAUCAGCUUUAGAUCUUCUACGGGCUGGUCCAUUUGAUGAAUUCCAGAUUGCUACUAUGCUAAAGGAGAUCUUGAAAGGUCUAGACUACCUACACUCGGAGAAGAAAAUUCACAGGGAUAUAAAAGCUGCCAAUGUCUUGUUGUCAGAGCAAGGAGAUGUUAAACUUGCUGAUUUUGGAGUUGCUGGGCAGCUGACGGAUACACAAAUUAAGAGGAAUACCUUUGUAGGCACACCAUUUUGGAUGGCCCCUGAAGUUAUACAGCAGUCGGCUUAUGACUCAAAAGCUGACGUUUGGUCUUUGGGAAUCACUGCUAUUGAACUAGCCAAAGGAGAGCCACCCAACUCUGACAUGCAUCCAAUGAGAGUUCUGUUUCUUAUUCCAAAAAACAAUCCUCCAACUCUACUAGGAGAAUUCAGCAAACCUUUUAAAGAAUUUAUUGACGCGUGUCUGAAUAAGGACCCAACAUUUCGCCCAACUGCAAAGGAACUCCUGAAACACAAAUUCAUUCUGAAAAAUGCCAAGAAGACUUCUUAUCUGACAGAACUUAUUGACAGGUUUAAGAGAUGGAAGGCGGAAGGGCACAGUAGUGAUGAAUCGGAUUCAGAUGGUUCUGAUUCGGAGUCCAGCAACAAAGAGAACAAUUCUCAUCCUGAAUGGAGUUUUACUACAGUUCGAAAGAAGCCAGAUGCAAAGAAACUGCAGAAUGGAACAGAUCAAGACCUUGUGAAAACCCUGAGUUGUUUAACUAUGAUAAUCACACCUGUGUUUGCUGAGCUUAAACAGCAGGACAUAAAUAAUGCUAGCAGGAAGAAAGCAAUUGAAGAACUUGAGAAGAGCAUCACUAUGGCAGAAUCUACAUGUCCAGGGAUCACAGAUAAGAUGGUGAAGAAACUUAUGGAGAAAUUUCAGAAGUUUUCUGUUAAUGACUCAUCCUAAGAAACUUCUCAUAAAUGACUGCUGUUUCCUAUGGACCCAGUGAAACCCACCAAAACUACUUCAAGCUUGGCAGUGCUUAGCUCAUGAGCUCCUUGUGCCUUUUGGAUCUUUGCAACGUAUUGAUGAUGAGGACGAUGAUGAUGAUGAUGAUGAUCAAGGAUUUGGAAGAACGUACUUAACUCUUUUGUGAUGGUGUACAUGGUUUUAUAUUUUCAGGAAAUUAUUUUGUAAAGAACAACUUUUAAUAUUGUAGUUUCAUCUGUUUAAUCAGAUAAAUGUUGAGGUGCAGUUUUGCUUUUAGAUGUGGCCAUUACUUUAGUUAAUAGGAAGUGCAAGUAUGGUAUGUUUUGAUGCUCUUUUGUUACUGUACAUUGAUGGGAACGUACAGGUCUUUUGUAUUCUUAAGUUAACUUUUGUAA